AUGGGUGACAGAGGCGGCGGCAGCAGGGCCAGCAGGGUCAGCAGGGUCACCCCCACCGUCCCUACCGGCUUGAGCGGCGAAGAGGCGGCGGACUUUGAGCGCCUGCAGGCCCUGUAUGCGGGCACCGAGUUUGGCAGCAACCCCACGCCCGAGAGCUUUGGGCGCCUGCUGGCCGGCAUGGCCGCGCGCGCCAACGUGCCGCCGUCCGCCCUCGCCCAGAUGCUGCCCGGCGGCGCCGCCGCCCGCCGCCCGGCUGGCGUGCACGGCGGUCGCCCCCGCGGCGCGCCCGGCCGCCCGCUCGCCGGGUUCGGCGGCGCCGGCAGCGAGGACGAGGACGAGGUGGACGAUGCCAGCAUGGAGGCACUCAUGAACCAGAUGUUCGGCAUGACCCCGCCGAAUCAGAGGGCGCCGGACGGCGCCCUGGAUGACGUCAUGCGCGACCUGGCCUCCGGCCCCCGCCACGGCCCCGACCGCGCGCGCAGCCUGCGCCUGCUCGCCACCUUUGCGCGCGACAGCGAGCCACGCGCGCGCCAGGUCGAAGGCCGCGGCCUGCUGCUGGCGGCGAUCGCGGGCGACGCGCUGGCGCCGCCCGACGCCGCGUGCCGCACCGCCGCGCUCGACGCCGCCGCGGAGCUCUGCCGCUCGCGCCCUGCGGCCGCGGCCAAGCUCGGCGGCGCGGCGGUCGGGGGCUUCGGCGGCGCGGGCCCCGCCUCGGCAGCCGAGGGCCUCGAGCGGCUGAUCGCGGCAGGGGCGCUCGCGGCGGCGGACGGAGCAACGGUGCGCAAUCUCGACCUGGCGGCCGCGGGCCUCAAGGCUUUCACCUUCCUCGCGGCCUCGUCGCCGCGCGCCGCCGCCGCCGCCGCGCGCGCGCACCCCGACGCCGUCCGCGCGGCGGCCGCGAGCAUGCUGGCGGCGCCCGACACGCGCGGCGCGCGCACGCUCGACGCGCGCUGGCGCGAGGCGGGCGGCGCUGACGUCAUCUCCCUGUCGGCAAACAUGGUGGCGCAGCUGGCGAAAGCCGGCCCCGAAGCUGUCGAGCAGCUGCUCUCCACGGCGCCCCAGAUCACGGACGCCGUCUUCCACCUCCUCGUCGCCCGCCGCGGGGCGUGCGCGUCGUUCGGCAUGGCCGAGCAGGCGCUCUCGGGGCUGUGCGCGUCGCCGCAGGGGCGGGCCGCGGUCGCGGCGCGGCCGGGGUACCUCACGCGCAUCGCGGCGGCGCUGCGGCGGCUGCCCGCGGACGCGGUCCAGAUCGCGCAAGACGCGGGCGGCCGCGGCGGCGGCGGCGGCGGUGGGGGGGCAGAAAGCGGCGCCCGGCGCCCGGGGGCGGCGGAGGCGGAGGCGGCGCCGCUGCCCAAGCGGCUGGCGGAGGUGUCGGAUGACCUGCUUGACGCGCUGCAGGCGCUCCUGGGGCUGGCGCACGCCCCCGCAGACCCGCGGGUCGAGGCGGACGCACGCGCGCCGGGCGUGGCGGCGGCGCUGUCGGAGGCGCUCGCGCCGUUCGUGCCCUGGCUGCGGGCGCUGCCGGGCCAGGCGUGCGGCGCGCUCAACGUGCUCGGGCAGCUGGCCCGCCUGCUGGCGGCCGCGCGGCCGCGCGGGGGCUGGGCGCGGGAGGUCCUGGGGCCCGGGGGCCUGCGCGGGGCGCUGCCGGAGGUGCUGCUGGGGGUGGGCGGCAAGGGCGGCGGGACAGAGGACGACGAGUUUUGGUCCCAGGGGCGGCCGUCGCCGGGGUUCGACGCGCAGCUGCGCGCGGCGCGGCUGCUGGCGUUGUGCACGCGCGACGUGCACGGCGCCGCGGCCGUGGCGCGCAGCAACGACGUCUGCGACGCCGCCGCGGCCGCGCUGGCGGCGCAGGCGCAGAGCGCGUUCGGCGGCGGCGGCCCGUCCCCGGUCGGCGGCCCGGGGUGCCAGGCCGUCCAGAUGCAGCGCUGCGCCUUGGUGUGCUGCCUGGUCGACUUAUUCGACGACCUCGUGCCGGAGCAAGGCGGCGAGCUCGACCUCGGGUUUUGGGCAGGGGAACCCGGGGCUGGCCCCCGCGCGCUCGCGGCGCACGAGGGCGCCGGCCGCCGCGCCCUCGCGCUCGUGGCGUCCAGGCUGCGGCCGAGCAUGGCGCUGAUGCUGGAGGUCGACACGGCACGCGAGGUGGUGGAGCGGGCCGACAGCAUACUGCGGCGCCUGAGGGCCUGGGAGCAGGCCUGGGCUGCCACCGGCGGGGCGCCGCCGGCGCCGCGGUGGGGCCAGCCGGAGGCACGGGCACCAAGCGGCAGCCCUGGUUCCGGUGCGGCGCCGCAGGGCCGUGGCGGCGGCGGCGGCGGCACCAUCAGCCCACGCACAGGCUGGAGCGGCGCAGGCGGCGCGGGCCCCAGCGCCGCGCAUGCGGCGGCUGCAGCGGCGCCGGCGGAUGUCGCCGUGGCGGGCGGCAAGCCUCCAAGGGAGUGCUUCAGCUGCGGCAAGAGGGCGGGGGAGGCGGGCGAGAAGCUGCGAGCCUGCACCGGCUGCUUGGGGCUGGCAUACUUUUGCAAUGUCACCUGCCAGCGCCAGGGGUGGCCGCGGCACCGUGACGCGUGCCGUGCGGCGCAGGCGGCGUCGCAGGCUGCGGCUACUUGA